AUGGCAUUCAAAAAUUGUGGUAUAUGAAAAAUAAGGGCAAAACGAUCACUGAAGAAAUUGAAGGCAGCCCCAAAGUUUGUGCACAAAUGUGGCUUUUUUUUUUAUCUGGGGAAGGACCCCAGAAGAAAAUAUGAAAAUGAAAAGAAAAUAUAUAGAAAUUGCCCGAGGAUGGCGCUAUCUUGCACCAUCCUCGGGCAAUUUCUAUAUAAAACUAUUUAG